AGAUACGGAUCAGGGCUUUUAAGGAAAACACAUCCUGUCAAACAGAGGUUAGCCACAAGACACUGACAAACGAUUUUCAUGUUAUAUCAAUUUUGUUUUUGUGUUAUCUCUGUUUUUUUCCUGCAUUUCUUUUUGUCAUAGCUUUUUUCACUUCGACCACGUUCUUCAGACCUCCUUAGAAUUCCUUGAAGGCCUUUACUGAACAUAUGGAAGUUACAAGGAAUGAAGCCUUGAGACACCUGAAGUAGAUUUUACUCAUUUCCAUCUCACACGCCCUGGUCAGUUGCAAUGGGUUGCUGGUUCCAAUCCUGGUUGGGCCACGGACUUUCUGUGUGGAGUUUGCAUGUUCUCCCAGUGUCUGGGUUGUUACUCCGGCUUCCUCCCACAGUCCAAACACAUGCAGGUUAUUUAACGUGAGUGGGUGAUUGUUUCUGUGUGAUGGUCCUGUGACUAGCUGGUGACCUGUCCACGUUGUCCCCUGCCCUCACCCUUUUCACCGUGUGGUCUACACUUGAUGGCGGGGACCGUAACGCUUGAUCCCCUAGACGGACAAAGAAAUUGAAGCUCCUAUCUUUUCCGAGCAAGCUAGCAAGCAUCACUAGAAUUAGAAUAAGGGUUAGUAUAAGGUUUAGUACUAGUAUUAGUACAAGUAUUAGUAUUAGCAUAAAGGUCAAUAUAAGGGUUAGUAUUAGUAUAAGGAUUAAUAAUAGUACAAAUAUUAGUAUUAGUAUACGGGUUAGUAUAAGGGUUAGUAUUAGGUUUGGUACUAGUAUUAGUAUUAGUAUAAAUGUCAAUAUAAGGGUUAGUAUUUGUAUAAGGAUUAAUAUUAGUACAAAUAUUAGUAUUAGUUUAAGGGUUAGUAUUGGUGUUAGUAUUAGUAUGAGGAUUAGUAUUAAUAGUUGUAUAAGGGUGUUGCUCCUUCUGACCUGAACCCCUCGUUCUUAGUGAAAUGUGAUUGGUAGGCUGCGGGGUGACGCGUUAUACCUGCGACACUGAGCGAGCAGUGCAUUGUGUACAUGCUGAGCUGUGUGCUGCAGGUGAAGCGCUCAAACAUGAGUGAAUAAGAAGCAGGUUCCUACUCCUGGGUGUGAUCAUGGAGGAGCCUGAUGAGACAACAGCUUCUCGGGGCGGAGGCGCAGACACGAACCGAGGCGGUGACGCGGGUGUUCAGACUGCUGAGCACCUCACCAGAAGUGGACGUGAAUACAGAGAUAACUAAGUGGAGUAUGAAGGGAAAGUGACUCUUGGAACCUUAGAGUCAGUUGGCCAUGGCCUUGAGAAUGCACCGAACAGAGAGCCGCAGGAGCAAAGCCAAGUACCUCAAGAGACGGAAGGGGUUCAUGUCUUCAGUCAAGGGAGUUUCUCAUCUGUCCAGACGAGCCAAGAGACGCUUGUUUUUCAAAGUGCAGCUCUGGAUGUGGAGGAAGCGGAGAGACAAAUGCCGUUUGGGGAUUUUCCGAGCAAAAAGAAGAGCUUGCGGGAUCAGCAAUGGACCCUGCUUCAACUCAAAGGCUCAAUCACAGAAGAACACAAGGAAACUUCUAAUGUAUCACACAGUAAACUCAGACAGUUCUCGAGACAGGACUUCAGCGGCAGUGUCACCACUUGGUUGUGAUACUGCUGCUGCAGAGGAGAUGCCCAGAGGGCCGAGCUGUCCGCUGAAGCCACCUGAACCAGUCGGUCUGUCAGAAACUUUAUUCACUUCCAGCUCGUUUCAGAACCGGGUCACGGACACAAAUGUUCCUGGAGCUCCAUUCACUCAGACUGUGUCAUCUCAAAGAAGAGAGACCUCUGGACGGUGUUGUGUAAUUGCAGAGCCAUCGAAACCCUCUCGCACAGUCAAGCCCGCGCUGAGGACAGAGGCAUGUGAGGAGAUGAGGGGGGGCACAUCAGGACAAUGUACCACUGUCACUCCAAGUCAGGAAAAGGCCUCAGACACACAUACUGAGGACAGACUCACCUGUAAAAAGGCGUCUCAAACCAAUGUCAGCCUCAAAGCGCUGACGAAGGACAUACAUGAGUUCCUCGAUGACUUUUACAGAAUAUAUGGAAGCUUGAUUCCACUGCAGAAGAGCGACGUGUUGAGACACCUGAAGAGGAAGUUUAACACAAAUUUCAGUGACAGGAAAAAUGUCGUCUUCUCGGAGGUCAACAAAUACAGAAGUGCGAUCGUUCAGAAACCCAUUCCCUCCUUCCAGGUGGUCUACAAGAAACACACACUGACACUGGACGAUUUGUCGACUCUGGCUGAUCAGAACUGGCUCAAUGACCAGGUCAUGAACAUGUAUGGGGAAUUGAUUGUGGAAUCUGCCAAUCACAAGGUCCAUUUUCUCAACAGCUUCUUCCACCGACAGCUCAUGACUAAAGGAUACGAUGGUGUGAAGAGAUGGACAAAGCAGGUGGAUUUGUUUUCGAAGCGUUUGCUCUUGGUACCGAUCCACCUGGAGGUUCACUGGUGUCUGGUGACUGCUGACUUUGUGGAAAAGAAAAUCUGCCUUUACGACUCUCAAGGGUUGGCACUCCAGAAGGUUGCAAGGAACAUCCUGAAAUACUUGAUGGCAGAAGCAAAGGAGAAGCAGCAAGCAGCUUUUGAAAACGGCUGGACAGUGUCGUUUGAUGAGAACGUCCCACAACAGACCAAUGAAAACGACUGUGGAGUCUUUGUCCUGGAGUACUCCAGAUGCCUUGCUCUCACAAAAGCCCUGCAGUUUUCCCAGGAGAACAUACCAAAGAUACGUAAGAGGAUCUACAAAGAGCUGUGUGACUGUAAACUCCAUGAGGAGGGAUGACAAGGGUCUUGCGAACGUGUGUAUUCAUGUAUUUAUUGCUGAUAAUAAUGAUAAUAAAGUGUGCUGCUUUUAAUUCAGGUCCGAAAUCAGCGUUCCACACACUCUAGUCUGUGCAGGGCUUCACUACCAGCUCACUGUACAGCACUGUGAGUGCCCACUGCAGGAGAUAGUCACUAUUGUAUGAGGUGUGCUGUUCAUGCUAAACCAUGAUAUUUGAUUUUUGUAGUAAAAUGAUCGAUAUUUAUUCAGCAAAGUUAUUUAAGGAAAGAAAGCUGUUAUUGUUCCUGGAGUUUACACAUCUACAGUGCACCAACAGAGCCUUAUUGUCUUGUCUGCCUGUUGAGGUGGAGCUCAUCGGUUUUGGUUCAUGUCUUGUGUUGAUUAUUUAAUGUUUAAACCUUAUUUGCACAUUUUUAAGGUCCACAUUUUAUUGACGUGUGGUUUGAGAUGUUUUGCAUCAUGGUUUUCCUGUUAGUAUCAUGACUGAAUAGAAACUAUAGAGCUGUAUAUUGUUUUAGAAGAAAAUCAUUGUUUUUGUUUGUUGCAUAAUGGAAAUGUGAGUUUCAAAUUAAAGUUGUUUUUUUUCAAUAUUA